AUGUUGGGCAGUGUGGGCACUGUGUCAAGGGACAUCCUGAUCACCAGCGUGGAUGCCACGACAACGUUCAAGGACCUCUGUGAGGAAGUGCGAGACAUGUGCGGCCUGCACCAACAACACCCGCUCACCCUCAAGUGGGUGGACAGUGAAGGUGACCCUUGUACUGUGUCCUCACAGAUGGAGCUGGAGGAGGCCUUCCGCCUGGCCUGUCAGGGCAGGGAUGAGGUGCUCAUCAUCCAUGUUUUCCCAAGCAUCCCAGAACAGCCAGGCAUGCCUUGUCCUGGAGAAGACAGACCCUCCCUCUGGGGAGCCGUGCCCACGGAGGGACAGGCGUUUGUGUCUUUAUGA